AUUCCUGUUCCACUGUUAUCCCUAUAUACAGAGCCAACAAAUGGCGGACAAUCAAAAUUCAGAAGACGAGGCGAGAGAGAGAGAGAGAAUAGAAUGGAAGAAGAGAGUAGCAGCACAACAGUGGGUUUCUACGCCUUGCCGGAGGGUUGCAUUUCGAAUAUCAUUUCGCUCACGUCUCCACAGGAUGCGUGCCGAUCGUUGGUGGUCUCAUCAGAGUUUCGAUCGGCGGCAGAUUCAGAUGCCGUGUGGGAGAGAUUUCUGCCGUCUGAUUAUCGAGAUAUCCUUUCAAGAUCAGUCUCUGCAGUGGAUUUCCCAUCGAAGAAAGACCUUUAUUUUCACCUCUGCGAUCACCCCAUCCUCAUCGACGACGGCCAAAAGAGUUUCGCAUUGGAAAGACGCAGUGGGAAGAAAUGCUUUAUGAUUGCAGCCAAUGAGCUUUUCAUUGUAUGGAAUUCUACUCCCGAGUAUUGGACCUGGAGAUCCCACCCUGAAUCCAGGUUCUCAGAGGUGGCUGAACUCUUGAACGUUUGCUGGCUUGAAAUCCAUGGCAAGAUAGAGACAAGAAUGCUGUCCCCGAGAACAAUUUACGAAGCUUACCUAGUUUUCAAGCUGGCGGAGAAUAGAAGAGGCCUUGACAUUCUCCCAGCAGAGCUGUCCGUGAGGUUUGCUGCAACUGAGGGCGGAGACAUCCGCAGUGUGUAUCUGGAUCCUCAAUCGCCUCACCAGCUACCGCCCAUGUUUCCGCCACCCAUUUUGGAGGGUCGACAGAAGGCACAGUACCCGCAGGAGAGAAAAGAUGGAUGGCUGGAAAUACAGAUGGGUGAGUUCUUUAACGACAGAGGAGAAGAUGGGGAAGUGGAGAUGAAUCUCAUGCAGGUGAAGGGUGGUCACUGGAAGCGUGGUCUUAUUAUCCAAGGAAUUGAGAUUAGGCCUAAACAGAUUUAAAUAAACAAACAAUAUGUGCUUUUCUUUUGCUCUGAUCUGUAUUAUAUACCAUAUGCCUUUUCAUUCCAAAUCCAAUGAAUGUUACGUUGCAUAUGGGAAUUGAACAAUUAUUGUUUUGACAUAAUCAAUGUAAAACUUAGCUAUUAUCAUGUGUUUUAAACAGAGUAAAUAAACAAAUAAUAUGUGCUUUCUUUUGCUCUUC